AUGCCCACACCCCGAGACUGGCAAGACGACAAAGACCCCGACGUCGACAAAGACCUCGACAUCACCGGUACGCCAGCCCAAGACUCCACCCGCCCCACAGCCAGCGACAAUGUCGAAAAGUCGACCACAACACCUCACCCUCACCCUCCUUCCGCCCCGGCCCCUCCACCAAAUGGCGGCUACGGCUGGGUCUGCACCGCCUGCUGCGCCAUAAUCAACGCCCACACCUGGGGCCUCAAUUCCAGUUAUGGCGUCUUCCUCGCCCAUUACCUUCGGACCAACACAUUCCCGGGCGCAAGCUACUUGGAAUUCGCUUUCGUUGGUGGGUUGUCAAUUUCCAUGGCGAUGCUGGUGUCCCCCGCUGCGACGUUGACGACGCGAUACUACGGGACGAAGACCACUCUUUUCAUUGGGGUUUUUCUGGAGGCGGGGAGUUUGAUAGGAGCGAGUUUCGCAUACGAAAUUUGGCAGCUCUUCCUAUCGCAGGGCGUAUGUUUCGGGCUCGGAAUGGGCUUCCUCUUCGUAGGCAGCGUGAGCAUUCCGCCACAAUGGUUCACCACCCGAAGAUCGCUGGCGAACGGGAUCUCCGCCGCAGGCUCCGGGAUCGGUGGACUAAUCUACUCCCUCGCAGCAGGCGCGAUGCUAGGUUCCGUCGGUUUGGCCUGGACGUUCAGGAUUCUGGGGAUUAUAGCGUUUGUGGUCAAUAGUAUUUGUGCGAUGUUGUUGAGAGAUCGGAAUAAGAUUAUUGGCAGUUCGCAAAACGCUUUUGACGCGAAGUUGUUUAGGAGAGUGGAGUAUUUGUUGCUGUGUGCGUAUGGGUGGUUUAGUAUGUUGGGGUAUGUGGUGUUGAUCUUCUCGUUGGCGAGUUAUGCCAAUUCUAUUGGAUUGGGCUCUUCACAGGCUGCACUGGUGUCUGCGCUGCUGAACUUGGGGCAAGGGCUGGGAAGGCCACCGAUCGGGUACUUCAGCGAUAGUAUUGGGAGGCUUAACAUGGCUGGGAUGAUGACGGCACUGUGUGCGGUGUUCGUCUUUGCUAUCUGGAUUCCUGCGAAGAACUUGGGAGUCUUGAUCCUCUUCGCGCUGGUCGGAGGCGCUGUAGCUGGCACGUUCUGGGCUACAAUCGCACCUGUCGCGGCUGAGAUUACAGGUCUAAAGCAUGUGCCGUCAGCGCUCAACCUGAUCUGGCUGGUAAUCGUACUACCAGUUACAUUCAGCGAGCCCAUCGCGCUUGAAAUCGUGGGCGGUACAGGCUCUUACAUCGGAGCUCAGCUCUUCGUUGGGUUCAUGUACAUCGCAGCCGCAGCCUGUCUCUUCUUGAUACGCGGCUGGAAGAUUGGAGAGCUAGACGAGGUGGCACGGCUAAAAGGUCAGAGUGUCGACGAAAUCGAUGCAGUGGGCGUUGAGAACGACGAAGACAUGGCGGAGCUGGCGAGAGUCGCUGGGAGGAAGAGGAUAUUGACAGACUUUUGGAAAUGGCGGAAAGUAUAG